AUGGAGAACUGCAAUGAUUCGCCCCCCGUAGUUUGUGGGUACAAUGCUAGUGUUUUGCAAGAUAAGGGGAGCGGUGUUAGGUGCAGAGAGGAGCCUUGUCUGGAAGAUGAUGCAAAUCGGGUUAGGGAUGUCGGAGAUGACAUUCUACCUUAUGUAGAAGGGGAUAUCCCUCCAUCUACGCUAUUUGUAUCACCAAGACCAAAUGAUGUAGCCCAUAGGUCCCCCAUCAAAACAGUGGAUACGGUUGAAACCACUGUGGCCAGUAAUCAUAUUAGUGUAGUCACAUAUGUCGAGCCUCCUGCUGUUGGAAUGGUGUUUAAAAAAUGGCAAGAUAUGGAAGCUUAUUACAAAGAAUAUGCAGAACAAGUAGGAUUUGGGGUUUGUAGACCGCAAGGCAUUUACUCUAAGGGUCCGAAUAGGGAUCGUAUAGGCACAACUUGGAGGUGUGAGUGUUGGGGGGGACCACACAUGAGGGCUGAGAGGGAGGCAAAGAAGAGGGCAAAAUCAAUGGAUGUGUCAGGGUCUGGUGGAGUUGUUGAUGGAGUAGUAUGUGAGGAUGAACUUGCAGGUCGAAAAAGGAGGUCAAAAAAGUGUGGAUGUCAAGCAAAGAUCUAUGGUAGUGUUGAUAGGGAUGGUGCGUGGACAAUAAAGAAAGUCGAGUUGAAACACACCCACUUAACUUCACCAGGUAAGGCAAAGCUAGUUAAAGAGUACCGGAUGAAGAAGUACACAUCCAAUGUUAGGAGGAAGCUGUUCAAUUAUUUCGAGGAGGGUGUUCCUGUGUCCCAAAUUCAUGGUUGUAUGGUUACUGACAGUGGUGGACCAGAGAAUAUUUCAUUUACCGUGAAAGACCUUCAACAUGAGGUGUACAAGGAACGUAGGUUACAGAUGGUGGGGGGUGAUUCAACCGCGAUGAUGACUUAUUUUGAAAACAUGCAAGCCGGUAAUAAGAAUUUCUAUCAUUCACAGAGGUUAGAUAGUGAAGGACGACUGAAAGAUGUAUUGUGGGUUGAUGCAAGGAGUCGUGCUGCGUACGAAGAGUUUGGAGAUGUCGUGUGCUUUGAUGCUACGUAUCUGACAAAUGAGUAUGAUUUACCAUUUGUGAAUUUUGUUGGUGUUAACCACCACGGACAAUCUAUUUUGUUGGGUUGUGCUUUGGUUUCCCACGAGGAUUGCGAUACGUAUCGUUGGAUAUUUAAUAAGUGGUUAGAGUGCAUGAAUGAUCGUGCACCGCUAGCAAUACUAACAGAUCAAGCGGCUGCAAUGCGGAAGCCACUAGAGGAAAUAAUGCCAUCAACAAGGCAUCGUUGGUGCAUUUGGCACAUAAUGAAAAAAAUUCCCGAGAAGCUUGGUAAAUGUAAAAGGUAUAAGGAGGUCAAGAGUGAGCUGAAGGGAACUGUAUAUGAAAGCUUUACUGUUGAAGAGUUUGAAAGCCGGUGGGUAGUGUUUGUCAAGGAGUAUGCGAUGCAGGAUAAUGAUUGGUUGAACGGCCUUUUCAAGGAACGACAUAUGUGGGUGCCCGCUUUUAUGAAGGAAUAUUUUUGGGCAGGAAUGAAGACAACACAAAGAGUGGAGAGUAUCAACAGCUUUUUCGAUGGGUUUGUUAACCGUCACACAAAAUUGUUCGAAUUCCCGCAGAAGUACUCUAGAGCAAUGACAAAGCAGGUUCAGGAUGAGAUCGACGCAGAUGCAAAAUGCUCAAAGUACCUCAGAAGACUAGUCACUGGUUUUAAUGUGGAGAAGGUUUUUCAAAAGUUGUACACUGACACAAAGUUUCAAGAGAGUGAGAACGAAAUUCAAUACGUUCUUGAGGAUCGUGUGUGGAUAGUCCCUGAAGGAUCCAGCAAGGAGGUAUUAACUGAACGACGCCGAUUCUAUUGUGCAACAUUCAACACGGACACUAAGGAGAUAUUAUGUGAUUGUCGUAAAUUUGAAACGCAUGGUAUCAUGUGUAAGCACAUAAUAAGGAUCCUUGAUCUUAAUUUUGUGAAAGAAAUUCCAAACAAGUACGUUGUUAACAGAUGGCGUAAAGAUAUACUACAAAAGCACACUAGGGUCAAGGUGUCCUAUCAUGAUCCAAGUAAGUCAAUUGAAGUUAUCCGCUACAAUAGGCUUAUGAACGCGUUUGAAGGGAUAUGUGAUAAGGCGGAUAUGGUUAAUGAUGAGACGGUGGAUAUGGUGUUAGCAGCGCUUACUAGAUUAAAGUCCGAAGUUACUAAGUGUACGAAGAGGAAGCUAGAGCAAACCGUAGCUAUGAGCUACCUCGGAGAAGGUGCUGCUACGGUUAUUCCAAGCUCAGAAGAUAGAGCGACUACAUCAUCAGUUCAAAAGCCACACGCCGAUCAAGAAAUUGCAGAUGAAGCUCUUGGUGAACCCCCUUCCGGUCCAGGUUUUGACAAUAUUGGCAUAGUAUUGAAAGACCCCGUUCCCAAGAAGAGAGGUCGUGGGAGGCCGGUCACGGGACGACAUAAGACACUAGCUGAAAUUGGUUACAAAAAACCUCCAAAAAAGAAGGCUAAGAAAGUGCCACCAAAUUCGAAACUUCAAGCAGAUGACCCUCCUACUAUUGGCACAGGAAAAAUUCACGUUCGUGGAGAGCUGGCCGACGAUGUACGACAUAGUUACUUGGAUUUCAUUCCCGAAGAUGAUGAUAGUUUCCCAAUUAAUUGUGAUUCCGAUGGAUCUUCUAGUGUGUCAGCAACCUUCUAG